AAAUUUGUGUAUUUUCUUUCUAUUUAAAAAUUGUUUAGUUUCAUAUUGUCCUUUUUCUCUAAGGAUUCGGUUUUAUUUUUCCUAAUAGAAUUGUUAUUCCUUGAAUCUUUCUCUAAACCAAAGUUAAUUAGGAAAAUGUAACCCUUCAUACAAAUAACACAUAGCAAAAUAAAAAAUAAAAUAAUAUCAGAAAGGAAAGCCUAUAUAAACGAAGCAGCCAACAGAAAAAAAAAAAUGAAAAGAAAGGAAACCAACAGAAAAAAAAAAAAAAAAAAAAAAAACAGAGCAAAUUAAACGCAACAAUGGCUGAGCAGCUCGAGACGUCGACGACGAGCCCAGAAUCCAUGCCAAGAAUAAUAGCCUUCAUGUCCUCCGUCCUCGAGCGGGUUUCCAACUCCAAUGACCUGAACCGGCGGUUAGAGCCGACGCAGAAGCUGUCGGUCUUCCACUCCCUGACCACGCCCACCAUUUCAAUCCACAGCUACCUGCAGAGGAUCUUCAAGUACGCCGACUGCAGCCCAUCUUGCUUCGUCGUCGCCUACGUAUAUCUCGACCGUUUCACCCAGAUGCAGCCAUUGCUGCCCAUUGAUUCUUUCAGCGUUCACCGCUUGCUCAUCACCAGCGUCUUGGUCUCUGCAAAGUUCAUGGACGACAUUUACUACAACAAUGCAUUUUAUGCCAGAGUUGGAGGGAUCAGCACGCAAGAGAUGAACCUUCUUGAGGUGGACUUCUUGUUCGGAUUAGGGUUCCAAAUGAACGUGACGCCGGCAACGUAUUACACCUACUGCACUUACCUUCAGAGAGAAAUGCUGCUGCAAUAUCCUCUACAAUUUGCAGAUUCUCCUGUGGAUUUGGCAAGACGUUUGAAGCUUCACUGCUCCUUUGAUGAAGAUGAAUCCACCCAUCAAAAGCAGCUUGCUGUUUAAGCACUUUUUAGCGUUGGAAAAGUUGGGGACAAUGUAUGUGGGUUUCUUCUGCAUUCGGUGUAAUCAACAUAUAUAGGUUGUUUUGAGAAGUUUUGGGCCAUAUGGGCUCAAAGCCCCAUUGGAGUUUUUGAGUGUAUAUAGUUGAAUGGCCUAUAUGCUGUCAGCAGAAGCAACAAGUUAAAAGCUUUUCUUACUUAGAGCCCAAUUCAUGCUCUUCUAAAUUUGUGUAAGGUGCCCAAUUCAUGCUUGUUUAGGAUUCGUUUGAUAAUUCUUUCGUUUUUAAUUUUUCUAUUA